UGGUUUUAGAGGUGAACACAUAAUCAAUUGUUGACAACUCUUAUGUUUGUUAAGGUUUUUUGCCAAGCUUGUGAAAUGGGGAAGAAGAAAUAUUUGGAUUGGACAAGCCGGUCGAUUAUGUUCACCGGAGGAGUUUCCUUCGUGAAGAAAAAUGGUUUAUUGAAAUCUUGUGAAAUGGGGAAGAACAAGCAUUUGGAUUGGACAAGCCGAUCGAUCAUCUCUUCCGGAGGUGACAGAGUUCCUCUAAUCAGAAAAAAUGUCAAGAGAAAUGAGAAUGAAGUCGGGUCAUCAAAUGGUCCAGCAACAGACCUCGAGUACGGAGACGCAAUACAGGCAGCAAAUGUUGGAUUUUCCAGAGUUCUACUUUUGGCAAAACCUGAUGCAGGGAGGCUCAUUAUUGCAACAAUUGCUCUACUGAUAGCUUCAACUUCAAGCCUGCUUAUACCAUCUUUUGGUGGGAGGAUUAUCGACAUUGUAUCAAGAGACAUAAAGACACCCGAAGAGCAAACUGAAGCUCUGAAUGCUGUUAAGGACACUAUACUAGCCGUUGUGUUGGUGGUUGUUGUCGGUUCAUUCUCAACAGCGCUCAGGGCAUGGUUGUUUUCUUCCGCUAGUGAACGGGUUGUUGCUCGUUUGAGAAAGGAUUUGUUCAGCCACCUUAUGCAGCAAGAAAUAGCUUUCUAUGAUGUUACUAGAACAGGAGAAUUACUCAGUCGAUUAUCUGAAGACACACAAAUUAUAAAAAAUGCUGCAACUACUAAUCUCUCUGAGGCACUUCGAAAUUUGACUACAGCAUUUAUUGGUCUUGGCUUCAUGUUCUCUUCUUCAUGGAAGCUAACAUUGUUGGCUUUGGUUGUUGUACCAAUAAUAUCGGUAGCUGUGCGCUACUUUGGAAGGUACCUUCGAGAACUGUCUCAUGCAACACAAGCUGCAGCUGCAGUUGCUGCCUCAAUUGCCGAGGAAUCUUUUGGAGCCAUUCGAACAGUGAGAUCUUUUGCACAAGAAUCUUAUGCGAUUUCAACCUACUCUGAAAAAGUUGAUGAGACUUUAAACCUUGGCCUACGACAAGCAAAAGUCACGGGUAUAUUUUCUGGUGGUAUGAGUGGAGCAUCAACAUUGUCAGUGAUCACAGUGGUGAUAUACGGAGCUUACUUGACUAUUACACGCGCGAUGACAGCUGGCUCGCUUACAUCAUUCAUUCUCUACAGCCUCACAGUUGGGUCUUCGAUAUCUUCAUUAUCAGGAUUAUAUACAACUGCCAUGAAAGCUGCUGGAGCAAGUAGGAGAGUUUUUCAGCUUCUCGAUCGUGUGUCCAGCUUGGCAAAACCCGGGACCCAAUGCCCCGUUGGUGAUCCAGAUGGAGAUGUUGAACUCGAUGAUGUUUGGUUUGCUUAUCCUUCUCGACCCAAUCAUAUGGUACUUAAGGGGAUAACACUAAAAUUGAGACCCGGUUCGAAAGUAGCCUUAGUGGGACCCAGUGGUGGCGGAAAGACCACCAUCGCGAAUUUGAUCGAAAGGUUUUACGAUCCAUCAAACGGAAAGGUUUUGCUAAACGGGGUUCCAUUACCCGAAAUCUCACACGAAUUUCUACACAAAAAGGUGAGUAUAGUGAGCCAGGAGCCUGUUCUAUUCAACUGUUCUAUAGAAGAUAACAUUGCUUACGGAUUCGAUGGAAAAGCCACCAGUUCUGAAAUCGAAAACGUUGCUAAAAUGGCGAAUGCCCAUGAUUUUGUGUCGUCGUUUCCGGAGAAAUACCAAACGGUGGUUGGAGAACGUGGAUUACGGUUGUCGGGAGGUCAAAAACAACGAAUUGCAAUCGCUAGAGCGCUCUUGAUGAACCCUAGAGUUUUGCUAUUGGAUGAAGCCACAAGCGCUUUAGAUGCAGAAAGCGAAUAUCUCGUUCAGGAUGCGAUGGACUCGUUAAUGCAAGGAAGGACGGUGUUAGUGAUAGCUCACCGGCUGUCGACGGUGAAAAGCGCCGACACGGUGGCGGUGAUUUCCGAUGGGCAGAUUGCAGAAAGUGGGACCCACGAAGAGCUUCUUAACAUGAACGGGAUUUACACUGCACUUGUAAGGCGGCAAUUGCAAGUUACCCAAAAUGGAGAAGUGUAAUUUUUUGACUUUUGAGUUUGACUAUUGGAGAGUCGAGUGAAAAUUGACCUUUUUAACCCCAUGGCAAUAGUAAAAAGUAAAAUCCACAAGUGAUUGACAUAUUUUUGGAUGCAAUCGAGAGCUCGGAGAAAAAGUUAACCGAGGAGUCGAUAAUCUCUUGUUUCCAAAGAUUGUAUGUAUUUUUAGAACAACAUUUGUAUCCAAGGGGUUUUGUAUAAUAUAGAGUCUAUUGGCCA